AUGCAUUCGUCAACUUUAAAUUGUUUUGUAGCUAACCGUGUUUCUGAACUGCAGGACUAUUCGCGUGGCAUUAGGUGGAGUCACGUCCCAAGUAAGCAAAACCCAGCUGAUAUAGUAUCUCGAGGCUGUCGAGCAAGCGAGCUGAAGGAUUCGAUUUGGUUUUGUGGACCAAAGUUUUUGUCGCUUCAAUUAGCAGAAUGGCCAAAAGAAACAUCAAAAACUGAAUUUCUCGCAAAGGACCUUGAACAACGAAAACCUACAGUCUUGAAAUGUAGCAACAAUGGUAUCGAUGAACAUAUAUUCAAUAAAAUUAUUGACGAUUUUUCCUCAUUUCGUCGUAUUGUUCGAAUAAUAUCAUAUAUCUUUCGAGUCUUUAACAAAGUACCAAUAAACAAAAAUCAAACCGUAUACGACGUGAGUCCAAUUACAGUGCGUGAAUUUCAAGAAUCAUUUUGGCGUAUUAUAUCACACCUUCAACAUUGUACAUAUCGCAGUGUAAUAUUAUCACUUCAAUCGGGUAAAAUCUUGAAUCCAGACUUGCAAAAACUAAACCUCUUUUUGGAUAAAACGGUCACUACAAGCGGAACAUUUAAUAUAAUUCGAGUAGGAGGACGAUUGACCAAUGCACCAAUAGGCUUUGAUGCAAAAUUUCCAGCUUUAUUGCCACGUGAUCAUCGGUUUGCUCAAAUUUUUGUGGAAUACUUACAUCGUAAACACAUGCACGUUGGUCCUAAGGUUUUAAUUAGUCUAAUACGCUCUCAAGUAUGGAUAAUUAAUGCUCGGGAAGUAGCUCGAAAGGUAGUGCGUAACUGCGUUCACUGUUUCCACUAUAAACCGAAGCUGUUACAACAAAUCAUGGGUUCGCUGCCAGCUGAUCGAUUAGUUGCAAACCGACCAUUUCUAAUAUCAGGAGUUGAUUUAUGUGGACCAUUUUAUACCACAUAUCGUAUUCGUAGUAAAGUUCCAUAUAAAACUUAUAUUGCAAUUUUUGUCUGCUUUUCAUCAAAAGCAGUUCACACUGAAUUAAUAUCAGAUUUAUCCACUAAUAAUUUCAUUCUAGGCCUAAAAAGAUUCAUAUCACGUCGUGGACUGCCGCAGCGCAUUUAUUGUGACAAUGCAACAAAUUUCACUGGCGCGCAGACACUACUAAAUAAAUUUAAAGAACAAUUUUUCAGUCAGCAAGGGCUUAGAGAAAUGCAAGAGUACAGCAACAAUACUGGAUUUGAGUUUAAGUUCAUUCCGCCAAGAGCACCUCAUUUUGGUGGACUUUGGGAGGCGUCGGUGAAAUCUCUCAAAACAUUAUUAUUAAAAAAUUUGGCACAAUCUAGCCUAACUUACGAAGAAUUACAAACCGUGAUUAUUGAAGCUGAAGCGAUUUUAAAUUCCCGGCCGAUAAUUCCAUUAUCAGACGAUCCGAACGAUGGUGAGGCUUUAACGCCUGCACACUUAUUAAUAGGCUCUUCGUUAAUUACAAUUCCUGAAAGGAAUUAUACAAUAAGCAACAUAUCAUAUUUAUCUCGUUGGCAACGUGUUACGUACUUAAAACAGCAAUUUUGGGAAAUGUGGCGGCGUGACUAUUUACACACUUUGCAGCUUAGAUCUAAAUGGCUUAAACCUGAAACUAAUAUCACUGUUGGUCGUUUGGUAAUUAUUCACAAUGACAAUCUUCCUUCACAACACUGGCAACUGGGCAGGAUUGUGGAAACUAUAACAGGUAAAGAUGGAAGAAUUCGCGCAGUAGAUAUUCGCACUAACCAGGGUGUGCUUCGGCGGCCUAUCCACAAAAUUGCACCACUCCCUAUCGAUUAA